CCUAAAUGGCCGAACUUAUUGUCCAGAUUAUCUAUGAGGUCUAGGUGGAACAACGCAGUACGUUAUUGGGUUGACCUGAUAUCAGUCUACGAGCCGAAGGCUAGAGAAGCCCAAUCUAGUUCAUCACACAAUACAACUGGCUCAGCUUAGUUCAUUUGAUUGAAUUUGAUCACUCGCCUCGCGCGCAAGACUCUCUUUCUUUCUCCGUCCCUCUCUCGCCGAGUAACUGUUCGACGAAAUGCCCCAACAAUGCAUUUCCUCGCUGUACCGUCUCCUUCGAUGCUCUCUCUCCAUUUGACCACUUUCCUCAACCGGGAGGGGUGAGCCGGUUCGUGAUUCUAAACGAACCCGGUUCGGUUCUCUAUUCUCUCUUGAACGGGAACCGCUACAAGGGUCGGUGCUGGUUUACAAAAAUGGGUUUUCUACAGUCUUCUUCACUCCUCUUUCUCGUUCAAUGAAACAUUAUGGUUUCUUUUACAAGUUAUUUGAUUUAUAGAAGGAUAGAAAAUCCAUUGCAUAUCCUCAAAUUUCGUAGCAUCUUCUUUUUCUCACCAGAACCCACAAGUUAUAGUGCUUUGAGAUAUUGUUAUUAUGGGACAGAAAGGGUUGGAAACCCGAAAUUGGUACCAAACGAGAAGCCAAACAGGGUGGGGCUUUUUUGGGACUUGGACAAUAAACCACCCAACGCAAUCCCACCUUAUGAAGUUGCCAACAAGCUGAGAAUAGCUUCAUCUUCCUUUGGGGUUGUUCGUUACAUGGUGGCUUAUGCAAAUAGUCACACUUUUAGCCAUGUUCCUCAUUGUGUCCGUGAGCAAAGGAAAGAGAGGGAACUGUUGUAUCGUCUAGAGAACAAGGGUGUCAUCAAGCCGAAUCAACCCUAUCGUUGUAAGGUUUGUGGGAGAAAGUUUCAUACCAAUGAAAAGCUUGUUAACCAUUUCAAGCAGCUGCAUGAGCGUGAACACGUGAAAAGGAUGAACCAGAUAGAGUCUGCUAGGGGGAGCAGGAAGGUGAAGUUGGUGGGUAAGUACUCCAUGAAAAUGGAAAAGUAUAGGAAGGCUGCAAGUGAUGUUCUCACUCCCAAAGUGGGGUAUGGUUUGGGAGAUGAGUUAAAGAGGGCUGGUUUUUGGGUUCAAACUGUGUUGGAUAAGCCACAAGCUGCAGAUAGAGCAUUGCGAAGCCACAUGGUGGAUAUCAUGGAUCAUAGGAGGGUUGAGUGUGUGGUCCUUGUGUCCGAUGAUACUGAUUUUGUUGACGUGAUAAAGGAAGCAAAGCUACGGUGUCUCAAGACCGUUGUCAUUGGGGAUGUUGAUGAUGGUGUGUUGAAGAGGACUGCUGAUACUGCAUUUUCUUGGGAGGAAGUUUUGAUGGGGAAGGCGAAAAAGCAGGCUGUUUCGGUUGUGAAAAACUGGAAGGAUCGUGAUAUCUUAAAGAGGUUAGAGUGGACAUAUAACCCAGAUGUGGAUGAAAAGAAAUUCAAUCUGGAUGAUACCCUUACUGAAGAUGAUAAUAUUGAAGAUACCUGUGGUGAAGUUGAUGAUGAUUAUAAGGAUGACAGAUGUUCUUGGUGGGAAUUAGAUUCUGAAGAUGAUGUCUCAAAUAGACAGCCAGGCAAAUCAUCUGGUUUAUCUGUGAAUAGAUGAAGCUCACUUGAUCUUCUACUUGGCAGACAUUUUUUGUUUGGUCAUCAAAUUUGUGAGGUAAAAUUGUAAAUUUUAGAAGUUAUGAAUGGUUGUGGUAACUUCGAAAAUGAGAGUAGUAUCUGAUUUAUUAUUAUCUCUUCCCAGUCUAAACUGUGUCACUUUGUUUUGGACAUUCAAUUCAGCAACAGCUAUUUACGCUUAAAAUCAGGAAGCAGAAAUUUGCAGGGUAGUAGUGAAAUAUUGUGGCAUGGUGCUCCCAUUGUUUAUUGGAUCUAUGCACUAAGAGAGCUAGACAUCCUCACUUUUUAAAAAGUUGAAAUUGUGAUAUAUUGUUUUUAUUGGGGUGUGUACAAUAAUAGUUAGCUAAGUUGUAAUUGAUUUCUGUUAAGGUAAUUUUUCCACUUUUGUUUUGGACUGGGCAAA